CGUAGAAGUGGUUCGAGGUCCUGACGAGUGAACACUGACCGAGGAAGAGGAAUAUGAUAAUAAGUUAUGAUGGAGUUAUGGCGUUGUUUGGAUACCGACUGGAAGCAGCAAACCGCCGAAGGGGACCGGGCCACGCGCUGAACCUCCGCUAGGAACCAACGGGAUUUGUUUUUACUGCUGUUUGUCUUUGGAAAGUUCAGUCACACAGGUUUGGGAUAGCUCUUCCUGUUACAGAGUCGGCUGUUCCUCCAGUGUUUCUGUUGUCAUAAAGUCCUGCUCAUUGUCAGACUGUAAGUAUGGACACUGUGGAGCAAUGGGAUGCGGGAUUUCCUGCGGGAGUGCCGCAAAGUUGUGGACACACACGCAAAUUGGAAAUGCGGGCUUAAACAUGCUAACUGGUCAGCCCUGAAAAGUCGUCGUAAAACACUGGUUGGCUGGACUGAAUGCUCCUUUCCUGCUAUUCUUCUCUGCUUCUCAGCGCUUCCUGCUUGUGAUGGCCACUGCACUUAAUAGCUAAAAAUACAUAAAAAAGUCCAAAUGUGUAGAGGGAGCUGCAGUUGCAACACUUGAAGUAUUUACAACAAGUCCUUUUUUUUUUUUUCCUUCCAACAUUCUUCAUCUUUGUCAUCAGAACUCAACAGGUGGCAUUUUUAACUGAGAGAACAGAAGAGAAGAGAAGAGAAGAGAAGAGCUUAUUUCCCCAUAAUGAGGUGAUUCAAGAGCCUCUUAAAUACAGGCCGGUGAAAUGAUAUUGUGCCUAAACCAUGUGUUGGGAAACCACACACCACAUCACUUGAGAAGAGAGAAUUUCAGUGGAGACAGUGCUGCCUUUCUGGGCUCUCAAACACUUGGCCAUAAUCAAACAAAAGCAAUCUCUUGACUGACAAAUGGAGAGCUUUGCUUUUAAUGUGAAGGCGAAUGAAAGACUCUUGCUGCUCAAUUGUCUUUGAAUCGUCUUCUGUAGCCCACUUGUUGGUCAAGCUUUUGAACACAUUUCACUGGUCCCUGAUGAACCAACAAGAAAGACAGGAAAGGGAGCAAGGUGCAAUAAAGUACUCCUUUGUACUUUAUUUUCAGACCCUUGGGGUGCAAAAUCAUAUCCAGUCAAAACAUCUGCUCGAGGCUCCAUGGAGCCACUGAAGAACAUAUUCAGUCGUGGCCCACUGUCGAACUGGAAAAAUUUAGAACAAUCACAAAAAGGGAAUUUCACCAACCCUGUUUGGACUGCCUUGUUUGACUAUGAGGCAUCAUGUAAAGAUGAGCUCACCUUGCGUAAAGGUGACCUGGUGGAAGUCCUGUCUCUGGACUCUGAGAUAUCAGGGGACGAGGGCUGGUGGGCAGGGAAGGUCAACAACAAGGUGGGCAUCUUUCCAUCGAACUAUGGCUCCUUUAAGCCAAGUGGAUAUGGGAAACUUCCGGGCAGUGGCGUGGUUGGGGAGCUUGGCCCGGCAGUGGUUAGUGAGUUCGAUCCAGAGGAGGUGGAUUUUGGGGAACUGAGCCUGGAGGAGGUCAUUGGAGUUGGAGGCUUUGGGAAGGUGUAUCGCGGUACAUGGAGAGGCGCGCUGGUUGCUGUGAAGGCCGCCCGCCAAGACCCAGAUGAAGACAUCAGUGUGACGGCGCAGAAUGUGCGUCAGGAGGCGCGUUUGUUUUCCAUGCUCACCCACCCCAACAUCAUCGCCCUGAAAGGUGUGUGUCUUCAGGAGCCCAACCUGUGCCUCAUCAUGGAGUACGCCUCAGGUGGGCCGCUGAGCCGGGCGUUGGCGGGCCGUCGCAUCCCGCCCCACGUCUUGGUCAACUGGGCCGUGCAGAUCGCCAGGGGCAUGCUGUACCUGCACAGUGAGGCCAUCGUCCCCGUCAUCCAUCGAGAUCUCAAGUCCAACAACAUCCUCCUGGCUCAGCCCAUAGAAAAUGAAUGUAUGGAAGGUUUGACACUGAAGAUCACCGACUUCGGCCUGGCGAGAGAGUGGCACAAAACCACCAAGAUGAGCACGGCUGGUACCUACGCCUGGAUGGCCCCCGAAGUCAUCAAGUCCUCCACUUUCUCAAAGGGCAGCGACGUCUGGAGCUACGGUGUGCUACUGUGGGAGCUGUUAACAGGAGAGGCACCCUACAAAGGCAUAGAUGGACUCGCCGUCGCCUACGGAGUCGCUGUCAACAAACUCACGCUGCCCAUCCCUUCCACAUGCCCCGAACCCUUCGCUCAGCUCAUGUCAGAAUGCUGGGACCAGGACCCCCACCGCAGACCGAAUUUUGGCUCCAUCUUGGCCCAGCUGACAGCGCUGGAGCAGCAGGUGAAGGAAGAGAUGCCCCAGGACUCCUUUCACUCCCUGCAGGAGGAUUGGAAAUUGGAGAUCCAGGACAUGUUCGAUGAACUCAGGGCUAAAGAGAAGGAACUGCGAUGCCGUGAAGAGGAGCUGAAGCGAGCGGCUCUGGAGCAGAAGUCCCACGAAGAGUUCCUUCGGCAGCGUGAGCAGCAGCUGGCCCAGUGGGAGCAGGAUGUGUUUGAACGGGAACUCAGCCUCCUCAUCCUCCACUUGAACCAGAAUCAGGAGAAACCUAAUGUCAAGAAGAGGAAGGGCACGUUCAAGAAGCACAAGCUCAAGUCCAAGAACGGGGAGAAGAUCAGCAUGCCCCAAGAUUUCAUCCAUAAGAUUACAGUGCAGGCAUCACCAGGCCUGGAGAAGAGGCGGAAUUCUCCUGAUUUGGGUUCAGGGUCCUCACCUUCUUUUGGUCCACGGUUCCGUGCAAUUCAACUCAGUCCCAGCGAUAACAGCAGGACGUUUGGUUUGAGCCCGGUCUGGCCCCUAGAGACCCCUUCUCCAAAACAAGCCAAUGGAGACCUAAGGUUGGGCCCCCACUGGAGGCCCCAGAGCCCAAAGAGUCCCAAAAGCCCUAAAGUCCUACGCUUGAGUCCCCAGGAAAGCAGCCUGUCGAUGAGAGCCAAGCUCCUGGAGUCGGACAGCAACGAGAACGGAGAGUCCAAGGACAACUUUGAGAAGUACAGACCAUCCACACCAACCCCUCUCCCUGCUCAAAACGGCUCCUCAGUGAAGGACAGCUUGCGGCUUCCUCUACCUCAGGGAGACUCGGGCAGUGAGGAAGGGGGUUCCUCCCCAGCUGGCUCCCCCAGGCCUGAGAGGGGUUCCCUCAGUGGUCUGAUUAAGAGCACCCAUCGGGCCCUGCUGGGUGGUGGCUCCCUCCUAGCGUCUGUAGGACUAGGGCGCUGUCUGGACAUCCCCCCUAGGGUGCCCCCUCGAACUAAUCCCCCUUCUCUUGGGGAACGUACACCCUCCGAACCAGAGAUCUCUUUCCCAAAGCCCCUUGUGUCAGACCCCCCUGUAGUGGACGACCUCAUCACUUUCUCAACCUCUGAGCCCCUUCCCAGACCGCUGGUGGAUCUAGCUCUGCAAUACCAAGACCUUAAGCCCUUACCCCUGACACCACCUCCACCAAACCCUCGUGAGAGGAGCGGCCACCGGACGCCGCAGACUCCCCAGACUCCCCAUAGUCCCCAUAGUCCACAGAGUGUCAGGACCCCCCAGCAGGAGAGUAUGGUCAGCCUUGGGGAAUGGGCCCAGAGUGUGCAUCCCACCAAUGGGGAGUUGGGCUGUGAGGCUUGGGAACACCGGUCUGACCGGAGGAGGAGGUCGAGUCAGGGCCUGCACGCUUCUCAGUUAGUUUUGGACCUGCCAUUGUGUCAAGACACGCAGGACUCUGACGACAAACCUUCAACUCCCUUUUCUCUACAUCCCAAUCCUGGGCUGUUGAGCCCCAAAACCCGCCGGCUGGAGGUCAGUGUCAUCCCUCGGCCUCGUCCCUCUCCCAUCAGACCCCGCAUCGACCCCUGGAGCUUUAUCUCAGCUGGUGGUGGGAAUUCAGGGGGCGGUCGCAGCCCAAACCGCCAGGACAACACCCCUCUGGGCUACCAGCCCUCUCCUACCAACCCUUUCACCAACUGUGACCCCUUCCCUUCACCAGACUGUGAUCCUUUUGCCCUCAAAGCUGACCCCUCAAGUGGCUCAGACACGCCCUCGCCCUUUGACCCCUUCUCAGCACCCUUUCCCACCUCCCGUUCGGCCCCGUGCUCCACCAAUGGCUCACCCACACUGCCCUCAUUUCGCAUUGCUCCCCUCAACCCGGCCGACUCGCCACUCAUCGACCUGGGAUGGGCAGGCUGCGGAAAACCCCUGGAUGGCACCAAAGAGAGGGCUCACCCCCGCAAGACACUGGGGCUCAAGCCCUUCAAGUCCCCAACGCAACUCAGAGACGACAGAUUCUGAAUCUGAUUCUCACUUGUGGUUGUUAAAACUGCUGGUUUUAUCACAGCAUCACAGUCCAGGAAAAUUUCCACUACGUCAUACAUCUUACACGAGGAUUUGGAAUCUUAAAAAAACAAAGCAAAAAAAAUACAAAAAACACACAGCCAUCAUUCAACUCACUGAGGGAGGUCUCCCAAUGGGAGUCCGGUCGUUGCAGGGCCUAUUUAUAUGCCAGCCUGCUGCUUUGGAGACCAGAAAGCCAGUGAAAGCCAGUCAAAGGUGGUACAUUGGAUUGAGGGAUAGCUGCCUGUGAACCAAUAGCUGGUGCCCACUUCAUUCUCCCUCUCUAUCUUUAUGUCUCUAUCUGAUUGAAGGAGCAGAAUACAGAUCACUAGUCCCAUCUUCAGAAUCUAUCAGACUGCUCAUAUCACUUGCUUUCAUCUCCCCCUACCUUUGAAGCAUUGUGACAAUGCAGAGGUGGAUAAAGCGACUUGCACAGCUUCAUCUGCCUCUACCUAUCUGCAGACUGAAAGCAUUCAGGACAAAAUUGGAGUGCCUUAUUUCGUGAAGUGUUUUAAUAUACAGUAUAUCUUUUCAAGGUUCCUUGAAUGGUUAAUCUGGUGCGUAGGGAAGAUGCUAAGAAUUUGGCUUAAAUUUGCAAAGCAGCUUAGCAUUGCUGUGGAAGAAAAUGUUGUUGUGUGUGCAUGUGUGUCUAGACUCAUUGUUCUAGGAAAGCUCACUGCUUGCGUCUUUUUUUAAAAACAGCCUGUUGCAUUAUGGGAGAAAGCACUCAGAAUGGAUAUUCCAAGCCGCUCACAAAAUUCAAGACUAAACCAUGACCCAGGCAUUCCACUUGGAAGCAGAUAACAUUCCAGUCACAUUCCCCGGGAAAUGCCAGGGAUUGGAUGGAUUCAUUCAGCUGGCAGGCAACAGAGCGCAGGAAACAAGACGGGGGAGCCCUCUGCAUUCCCUUCAUAUGCCAAUGAAUGCCACUGUGACAGUGUAAGAGCUGGGGCAAAGCGUAUUUGCAAAUUAGUUGUUUUUAACUCCCUGGAGUGUCAGAUAGAUGGGAUUUACCACACUGGAUGACAGAGACAGUGUCUUCAAAGAUCAGAUAGUCAGACCGUGUUUAAAGUUAACUUUUCAUCUUUUUUCACGAGUCCAGACUGACUUAUCACCACCCAUUUGAUAUUUAAUGAAGGUUCAACCAAAUACAUAUUACAGUAUGUUGGCAAGGAAUGUAGAUUUAUACAUUCAGUCUAGGAAAGUCCCGGAAGUUCCACAAACUCACUUCAAUUUCUGAAGCCCAGUUCAGACAAACUGGAUUAUAACUCCUCUGAAUUAACAGAAUAGAUGGGGACAUUUCAGCUUAUGUUUUUUUAUGUUUUUUCCUUUUCAUCAAUACUAGAAAUGCAACUGUAGCUAGUAUUUCACUAUCACUACACCACGAAUUAUAUCCAAGUCCGAUAUAGAGUGAAAAGUUAUUAUAUCGUUGACAUGGAAGUGAUACAUUGUCUUGUGCCAAAUCAUAAGUUCAAAGCAUUUUUUCCCCAUCAUGAAUCUUUGGUUUGAACUGGGCUGUAGAUAACAUGUCUGACAGUUUGUUUUUUCAACCAAACUAGCCUUCCACCAACCUUUUAUCUAGAGUAUUCAACAGCAAUACUAGCAUUUGCUGAAUUCUCCUUUAUUUUACCUCUUUCACACUGCAAGUUUGCAAAUUGUAGCCUGGUUUUGCAAGGUAAAAUAGCAAGGGCUCCUGCACUCUUGUUCCUCCUGCUUGGUUGUAUAUCCAUCCUGAAAUACUUAAAAUACUGGUAGGAUCCUGUGAAUUAUUGGCCAAACACAUCUAUGAUUUAAUGCUGCAGAGUGAAAUCUAACCUGUAGGUAAAAAAUAUCAUUUUUUCUACCAAGAGGAGCCUUAAUAGACAAAUAUGCACUGCAGCUGCAACUGGAACAACACUUGGCUCUCUCAGUUUCAGUUUACUUCACUCUAACAGUGAUUAAUGUUUGUAUUAAUAGCAAUUUGUUCUGGCACCUUUUCAGGGAAUUUUUGCAGAACAUCCCGGGAAAUGUAAGAAAUCUCAAAAAGUGGCAGGUUGAGGGAAAGUGGCUGCAGCAAAAAAAAAAAAAAAGUCAUCACCAAAUAAUUCCUAGAAUAUUUCAUGUGUAACAUCACAAACUGACGAUGCAUGGCAGUACCCAAGGGUGUUUUUCUUUACUGCCAGUUCUCAAGCAUGUAGUCAAUUUACAAAAGUAGUGAAGGUCAAGCAUGUGAGCAACUGAAAGAGACCCCUUUUACACAUGGCACAAGCUUGAGCUGUUUCCCUGUUUUACGAGGUACAAAUGCUGAUUGGCUUCACAGCUGACACUGUGUCAUUGACAGACAAUAAGGGCUUUGUACUGACGAACAGCGAAAACCUCAUUUCCAAAGGGGAAAGCGUUGUGAUUAGCCUAAUAAUCCUACUAACGAACAGAGGAGACUGAUAGUGAUAAUUAGCCUCUUGAUAAGAGCAGAGACCGUAAAAAAGCGUUCAGAUAUUUGGCUAAUUAAUUUACCCUAACAUUGCCAAUACGCCCUGUGUCGUCUGCAUAAGGUACAUAUUUUCUGCAAUAAUUCCAGCUUGAUUUAAGUAUUUUUUUCCCCCUACAUAGACAUACUCUGCUGUCUUUCCAUCCUCCUGUUCUUUUUCUCCAUUGCCACCGGCUGCUCAGCAGCUGGCUGGAUGAAAUCUUCACUAUUGAGGCUCACCUUUCUCUACGUCCUUCCUCCUCAGGUGUUGUGGGAGAUAGCUUUCUCUUCUCUUCUUUCCUUUCUUUAUUUUCUUCUCACUCCUACACUUCUACCUUGCUUCUUUUUUCUCUGGAAAGUUUUCUUUGAGGCAGAUUGUCCUGACACAACUGAAAGUUCAGUUUAGUACCAGCUAUGUUUCUAUUUAGAGGGGGUAGUGUUUUUUCCUAGUAGAAGGCUCAUUUACCAAGAGGUGCUCAUUUUACAACAACAAGAGAAGUGUUGAAAUUGAAACAGGAGCUUUAUUGUAUAUUUCUACUGCACAGUGUCUGCCUGUUUAUUACAUAAGGGACAUUUAAGUCAUAAUACUUGGUGGUGUAGCAUCACAGAGAGGCUGAUGAUGUUGGAAGUAGUUUAAUAUUGUAGAGUUAUAGCUGUCACCCUAAGUACCGACAAUAUUAGGCAGAAGGCAUUUCUAUGAAAAGUGGGCUCAAAUGUUGACUUUGCAAAAAUGACCAAACUUUUCAGAUGCAGCUGUUGGUGAGCACUAUGCAACAAAAACAGAAUCUGAGCUUCCUCAAGCCUUGGGAUCAUUCAUAAUUUGCAUAUUUUCCCUGCAAAACUGGAAAAAAAAGAUUCAAAGAUGCUUUAAAAAAUUAGAUUGUAACCUAAUGUGCAAGGUCUAAAGGGUUUCAUUAAGCAUAUCAGGUUAUCCUAUACAAUUAUAGACUGUCAGUAAAAAUAUUUUUCAGCAGAUUUUUUGCAGUAUCCGCAUAAUGUCACAUCACCUCCUGUGACUUCACCUCUCGUAACUAGAGAUCGCACCCAUGAGCAAUGCAGGCCUUCCUUUGCAGUGUUUAAAAAUAGGACAUUUAAUGUAGGAUUUGUCCCACUCAGCAGUGUUCCCUGCUUUCCUCUGUGCCUCAGACUUCACACUGACAUUUUCCAGAAGUGACAAGUGAUGUGGUUUUGCCUUGUUUCUUCAUGUCAACACACAAAGCCACAAGAGCCAUCCUCUGAUAGUCAUUAGGCUCAGAUAGCUGUUAUUGUCAACAGAGCUCCGUGAAUGGAAAAAAGGAACAAGGAGGAAAUUGAGAUGAUUGAAAGGUCUGGCAGAUUAUUCCUGUCACAAGUUCACUGAUUGUGUCAAGUUCCUUCUUCAACCUACCACUCAGGCUUCUUCUGUGCGUCUCACCUCUACACUUUAAUUUUCCCACCGACCUGAUGCUGUAAAGAGUUGGCUGCUGUUCUUCAUUAAGUCUUGCACACAUUAGGUUAUUGACUUGAUAAUCUGUUACCGGCAAUCACAGCAGUCACUUUGCUUUUCACACAUGAUUAAGCUACAGCCUGAAGUCGAGGUGGCGUUUUUUUGUUUUUUUUUUUUAAAUAUAUACUCGGUGUUGAUACCUGGAAAGAGUGAGAACCCUCCAGAUUUACAAGUACACCCAGGUUAGAAAUACAUUGGAAAAUAUUCUUUUUCUUGGGUAAACAAUCACCUGUAUGUCAGCCCUUAAGGAGUAAUGUAAAUCAGGCUGAAGUUUUUGUAGGGUGAACGAGCAGGGCACAUUUCAGGAAGCCUGUCGUGGAUGUGGACGUAGGAUUUUUUUUGAUUUGGGCUGUCAGUUGUAGGAAAUGUAGCUGCCAGUCUUCUGGUGGAGCUGACACCCAGCACUCCAAUAAAAAAAAAAAAAAAGUCCUGAUGACUUGUUUGUGAUGCUUUGUUCUUCCAGGCAUCGCCACAUCCGUCAUUGCAAAUCAGCGUUCUGAGCGCAUACUGACAGGGAGGAUGGAAGGGAAUUCUCUACAGCGGAGUUAAAUCAGACUGAUGCCUGGCCACCGGCGUCUACUUUCGGCCCCGUAGCGGUGGGGAGCAGGCAUGAUUUGAUGAUCCUAAUUCAGAGUUCAAGCUCAGACCAAUGGCCUUAAUCAACGAAUGGCAAAUGCUCAAUACAUAACGUGAAUAAAAGCUAAUGAGACGGCACUAUGGAAGAACCUGAGGCCCUGACCCUCAUCAUGCUGAAAGGUACUUGUGAACAGUGGUUUUGUUUUAGAUUUUCAGAGGUGAAAAAUCAGAGCCAUUAUCCAAAAGAGAGAGGCAGUGGAAAAAAAAAAGUCGGUGCAAGUUAUUUCCAGUGGCUUUGUGAGAGCACUUAGUGUUGUCUAAUGCAACAAUCAUUCGGGGUUACACACACAUUUGAAGCUCAAUUUGGUUUUGUGAACAGCACAUAUGCUAACAUCCAUACUAAUGAUCUGAUUUAGCCUGAUUAAGUCGUUGAUUCAGCUGUACCAGCACUCAUUCCUGAUAGCGUUGAAGAUUUGCAUUGGACUAAUAACACUUAAAGAGCAUACAGGUGGAAAUAAUGGCACUAUCUGACCUUUUAUGUAACCUGUGAUUUGAAGUUUUUAUGUGAGAAUAACAUUGACUCUUCAGCCACACAUGGGAAAGUCUGAGUCUUUCACUGCACAGACUUCUGUGUAAACGAACCAAACUGCAGAGGAGAGACGCAUGAAGCCUGGGUUAAACUAUCAUCGUAUUCUGAAGUAACAGAGCACAGUGUGACUUUGAACACCCCCGCUUCUAGUAUUUGACUUUUACAAAGCCAUCAAGUCAUGUCAGAAGGGGACUGCAUGUGGUAAAUUACUGCAGCCUCAGUUAAAGCAUGCCUUCUCUCCUUCAUGGCUACUGAGAAAAUUGGAGAAGGCUUCAACGAGGAUGAAAGAGAAAACUCAGGCCGAAUAAAUGUCACAUUUAUUUUAUUGAUGACAUUUUACCAUGGCAGGACAGUUAAGAGUAAAUUUUCAACUUGGAAAAUAGAAGGCUUAGAUUUUCAAUGGCUUUGACCACAUUUACCUUUGUUGCUCUUGUUCGCUUGUGCUCAAUUAAAUGGAUCUUACAAAUAUACUUGUUUAUCAGUCCCAUUUCAGAUAUCACAGCCAGCCAUAAGCACUAGAGACACUUUUGUGGCUCAUGUGAAACUGGCCUUUGUUUGGCACUAAAAGGCCAAGACCAAAUGAUCAAAUAUGACCUUUGACCAUACAGGACCUGCAGACCCCUAUAGGGACAUGGACAAAAGCCAUGUCUGCAAGAGGUGCCUCCAGGUGUGUAAACUAAUGCUCAGUGUGAAUAUUAUGUUUAAUUCUUUUCCUUCUGUGCCUCCAAGGUCACCAUCUGCUGUCCUCUUCUUUUUGUAACAACGACUAAAUGGACAUUAGCCCUGAAAGGAUGGUCGAUUUGUUUUAAGACCACAGUGACGGCUCUUGGAGAAGGCUGGAUCUCUGUUUAGAAAAUAAAUAUGGAUUUUUUUUUUCCUGAGGUUAUUAAGUCUAAGGCCCACACUCAUCCCCCCCCCCCCCCCCUCCACUCGACAGCAUACAGCUGCAACGCGGUUGUUAUUAUUGUUCUGCCUGGCUAUUGACACUCAAUUACCUUGUGAUCUUCGUACAAUGAAAGGUGUUCAAUCUGUAAAUUUCUGUUUCUGGAGUGCUGAAUGAGUGUGCUGCAAAACAAUUGGUUUAGUAAACAGCCCUUGUGUCUCAAAUAUAGUGUGCAAAAUGAGGUACUGGCAAAGGCUAAACUGUGUUUGCAGAUGAAAGAAAUGAAAUAGCUGAGCUUUUUGUCCUUUUUAUUAAUCACACUAUGUCAUCCUGCAUACAGUAUGAGUGCAUCAGCUAAUUCUAUGUGAAUAGCAAAUCAGAAAGCCUGUGUAUAACACUGUUCGACUUGGGUUAACUAGCGUGGUGGAUAAAAA